AUGGGGCGCUUAAGACUGCAGUCCGGAAUUAAGGCAAUUGAAGAAGAGGAGGUUGAUGACUGUGAGGGAACUUCUAGUAGAGUUGCAUUAGCAUGCAUGAUAAAUUCUGAAGUUGGUGCGGUUUUAGCUGUUAUGAGGAGAAAUGUACGUUGGGGUGGUCGCUAUGUAGGUGGUGACGAACAUCUGGAACAUUCUCUCAUUCAGUCUUUGAAGACACUAAGACGGCAAAUUUUUUCUUUGGAGCACAAGUGGCAUGCUGUGAAUCCCAACCUUUACCUUAAGCCAUUCUUGGAUGUGAUCCGAUCUGAUGAAACAGGUGCACCCAUCACUGGUGUUGCGUUAUCCUCUGUUUACAAGAUCUUGACCCUGGACAUAUUGGAUCUAAAUACUGUGAAUGUUGAUAAUGCAAUGUAUUUGAUUGUGGAUGCGGUGACAAGUUGUCGGUUUGAGGUAACUGAUCCUGCAUCUGAAGAGGUUGUUUUAAUGAAGAUACUCCAAGUACUUCUAGCAUGCAUGAAGAGCAAGGCAUCUGUGUUGUUAAAUAAUCAACAUGUAUGCACAAUUGUAAAUACAUGUUUUCGUGUAGUCCAUCAAGCAGGAACCAAGGGUGAAUUGCUUCAGAGAUUUUCUCAUCAUACUAUGCACGAACUAGUCAAGUGCAUUUUUUCACACCUAAAAGAUAUUGAGGAAUCUCAAUUAAGUAAUGGAGGAAGUCCCCUUCUGGCACCAGAAGUAAGUCCUCAAUUUUGUUUUUUCUGUUUCAAAACUCCUCUUUCUCGAAUUAACUAACCUCUGUUCUGCAGAUUGGUGGGCUUGACAAAGGCAGUGAUUUUCAUGCUAAACAAGUGGAAAAUGGAGAUGGAAGUGUUGGAGUUGAGGAAACCAGAUUACCUGUUGGUUCUCCUGUAGCAAACUUAGUUGAUCAAAAUUCCGUGGCUGAAUUAACUAAUGGUGCACAAGCAAUGUCAGAGCCUUAUGGAAUUCCUUGCAUGGUGGAGAUAUUCCACUUCUUGUGUUCUCUUCUAAAUAUCACUGAACAAAUUGGCGUGGGUCCCAAUUCAAACCCUAUAGCUUUUGAGGAAGAUGUCCCUCUCUUUGCAUUGAGGUUGAUUAAUUCUGCCAUUGAAUUGGGAGGAUCCUCUAUACAAAAACACCCAAAGUUAUUAGCUCUGAUACAGGAUGAACUUUUCCGUAAUCUGAUGCAAUUUGGCCUGUCGAUGAGCCCAUUAAUUGUGUCAAUGGUUUGCAGCAUUGUUCUGAAUCUCUAUCAUCAUUUGCGUACGGAGCUGAAGCUUCAGUUUGAAGCUUUUUUCUCAUGUGUCAUACUGAGACUGGCAAAAAGCAGACAUGGAGCAUUAUACCAGCAGCAGGAGGUUGCAAUGGAGGCUCUUGUUGACUUUUGCCGGCAAAAUACCUUUAUGCCUGAAAUGUAUGCUAACUUGGAUUGUGAUAUAACAUGCAACAACAUAUUUGAAGACCUUGCUAAUCUUCUGUCGAAGAGUGCAUUUCCAGUGAACUGCCCGUUAUCAGCGAUGCAUAUUCUUGCUUUGGAUGGUCUAAUUGCAAUCAUUCAAGGUAUGGCUAGCAGGAUUACUGAUGCAUGCCCAGUGCCAGACCAUGCUCCCGUAGAGUUUGAAGAGUACAGCCCAUUCUGGACGGUCAAGUGUAAGAACUAUUCUGAUCCUGAUAGUUGGGUAAAGUUUGUUCGCCACCAGAAGUACAUAAAGAGAAGGCUAAUGAUUGGGGCAGAUCACUUUAACCGGGACCCAAAGAAGGGGUUGGAGUUUUUGCAGGGAACACACCUCUUGCCAGAGAAGCUUGACCCUCAAAGUGUCGCAUGUUUCUUCCGAUAUACAGCUGGACUUGAUAAGAACCUUGUUGGGGACUUCUUGGGCAACCACGAUGACUUUUGCGUUCAGGUACUUCAUGAAUUUGCUUGGACGUUUGAUUUUCAUGAGAUGAAUUUAGAUACCGCUCUAAGGCUUUUUCUUGAGACCUUCAGGCUUCCUGGUGAAUCUCAGAAGAUUCAGAGGGUGCUUGAGGCUUUCUCGGAGAGAUACUAUGAACAAUCUCCCCAUAUUCUUGCUAACAAGGAUGCGGCACUCCUGCUAUCUUAUUCACUCAUCAUGCUGAAUACUGAUCAGCAUAAUGUUCAAGUCAAGAAGAAGAUGACAGAAGAAGACUUCAUUCGGAACAACCGCCUGAUCAACGGUGGCAGUGACCUUCCCAGAGAAUUCCUGACUGAGCUGUUUCACUCGAUCUGCAAGAAUGAAAUAAAGACUACCCCUGAUUACAGCGCUGGGUUCCCUGAGAUGACACCCAGCCGGUGGAUUGAUCUGAUGCGAAAGUCUAAAAAUACGUCUCAGUACAUUGUCUAUGAUUCUCGACCGUUGCUUGAUCGUGACAUGUUUGCAAUCAUGUCAGGGCCCACAAUCGCUGCGAUUUCAGUUGUCUUUGAUCAUGCAGAGCAAGAGGAAGUCUUUCAUACUUGCAUCGAUGGCUUCCUGGCUGUGGCAAAGAUAUCUGCGUGUCACCAUCUCGAUGACGUACUUGAUGAUCUGGUGGUUUCCCUUUGUAAAUUCACGACUCUCCUAAAUGCUUCUUCGGUUGAGGAGCCUGUGAUAGCUUUUGGGGACGACUUGAAAGCUAGAAUAGCAACAGAAACAGUCUUCAGCAUAGCAAAUAGGUAUGGAGAUUAUAUUCAUACCGGCUGGAGGAAUAUAUUAGAUUGCAUCUUAAAGUUGCACAAGCUCGGUCUUCUUCCAGCCCGUGUCGCCAGUGAUGCAGCCGAUGAUUCUGAGUAUGCCCUAGAUUCAGCCCAUGGAAAGCCGCCUCCUAGCUCUCAAUAUGCAUCUCAUCUGCCGUCCAUGGGCACGCCUCGCAGAUCCUCAGGGUUGAUGGGCAGGUUCAGCCAGCUACUGUCUCUGGACACAGAGGAGCCCAGGUCUCAACCAACUGAACAGCAGCUUGCUGCCCAUCAGAGAACCCUUCAGACAAUUCAGAAGUGUCACAUUGAUACCAUCUUCACGGAGAGCAAAUUCCUGCAGGCAGAAUCGCUAUUGCAGCUCGCUAAGGCACUCACCUGGGCGGCUGGUCGGCCGCAGAAAGUGAAUAGCUCACCUGACGAUGAAGACACUGCGGUUUUCUGCCUUGAAUUGCUGAUUGCCAUUACACUGAACAACAGAGACAGGAUUGUGCUCCUCUGGCAAGGUGUCUACGACCACAUUGCCAACAUUGUUCAGUCCACAGUGAUACCCUGUACUCUUGUGGAGAAGGCGGUCUUUGGCCUUCUUCGCAUAUGCCAGAGACUACUUCCAUAUAAGGAGAACCUGGCUGAUGAGCUUUUGCGAUCAUUGCAGUUGAUUCUCAAGCUUGAUGCCAGAGUUGCAGAUGCUUACUGUGAGAACAUCACACUAGAGGUCACCCGUCUCGUAAAGGCGAAUGCUUCCCACAUAAAGUCACAGAUGGGCUGGCGCACCAUCACCUCCUUGCUCUCCAUCACCGCUCGCCACCCCGAGGCCUCUGAGGUGGGCUUUGAGGCGCUGGUGUUCAUCAUGUCUGAAGGGACCCAUCUUUCACCGGCCAACUACAUUCUUUGCCUCGAGGCAUCAAGACAAUUUGUAGAAUCUCGGGUGGGGCUUACCGACAGAUCCGUCCAUGCAUUGGACCUGAUGGCUGAAUCCAUGGCAUCUUUGGUUCGGUGGUCUCACGAGGCAAAGCGUGCAGGAGAAGGGUCCGAGAAAAUAUCAGAGGGAAUAAGAGACAUGUGGCUGAGGCUGGUGCAGGCACUGAGGAAAAUCUGUGUGGACCAGAGGGAGGAGAUAAGGAACCACGCCGUGACACUACUCCAGAGAUGCCUGGCGGGAUCGGAGGGCAUUCCCCUCUCUGGUUCUUCAUUUCUUCAGCUGUUUGACUUGAUUGUAUUCGUCCUGCUUGAUGACCUUCUGGAGAUUGCCCAGAGUCAUUUGCCAAAGGACUACCGAAACAUGGAGGGAACCCUCGUCUUAUCUGUGAAGCUGCUGUCCAAGGUGUUCUUGCAGCUGCUCCAAGAGCUCUCCCUUCUGAGCAGCUUCUGCAAGAUCUGGCUCGGGGUACUGAGCCGCAUGGAGAAGUACAUGAAGUUGAAGGUCAGGGGAAAGAGGUGUGAGAAGCUCCAGGAGCUGAUUCCGGAGCUCCUGAAGAACACUUUGCUCGUGAUGAAGGCAAAGGGGAUCCUCAUUAGGAGGAGCACAAUCGGUGGAGAUAGCCUCUGGGAACUCACGUGGCUCCAUGUGAACAGCAUCUCUGCAUCUCUUCAGUCUGAGGUUUUCCCAGGAAAGGAGCUGCAGCAGGACUCGGAGAGUCCUCACCUGGGCAGUUCGCCACCUGAAUCAUCGCCAUUGCCCUCAGGAGACAUCAGCCAAGCAGUAGGAUGA